AUUCCCCCCUAACAGAAGAUUGACUCUGGGUGUCUUCCCCAGAGAAACGUCAGUAUUUACAUCAAUAUUUUCUGAAGGCUUCUCCGACUCUGCUGUCCGGCUCGGACCGGGAUUCCGCCCGUCCGGUUCUGACCCAUUUAAUACACCGUUAUUGUUCCCUUCCCGUAAGGCGGUGGCAAGUCCCGGUUCCGUGUGUCUUUGUGAGGACCGGAGCGCUUUCCUGAGAUGUGGCUGAGCGAUAGCCGUCUGCCGUGUGCACUGCAGUGGUGCGCAGCUUCGCCCGGACAAACACCUGUGCGCCUCCGCUCUCCGCCGGCCGGCCUCUGCCAUUCAUGCUGAGUAGAGGACAGAUAACCUCAGGCGAGGUGUCCGUCUCCAUUUGUCGGAGGGUAGAAGCAAGGGAGCAGCACAAACACCGCACAGCCAGACACCAUGCAAGGAGAAACCUGCCCUCCUCGCAGAGCGCUGAAAUGCUAGACCUGAAGAGCGAGAGUGUCACAUCCAAUCAGCAGACUGUUUACAUCGGAGGCGGCCACAAGAGCCGCUUGACACUUGACUCCAUAACAGCCCGCGUGUGGUUCGAGGCGCCUUUCAGUCACAAUCAAGUAAAGACGCGUUAACUGAUCCUUCAUCAUUACUUCAUACUUCUGUCGGAUUCAUCAGCCCAGAGGCGACCUAAGAUGGAGUGGUCGCUGGAGAGUGUGAGGGAGAUGGUGGCUGGGGGGAUGCAGUCUGUGAGGGAAUGUGAGAUCUGUGCAAUCGCCAUAGCCAUGUGUGUGCUGCUGCUGUUCCUGUGGUACUGUUACAGAGUGGGCCGGGAGCACGGCACCAGCCCCCUGCGAGGCAGGUAUCUGUCUGGGCCCGGCCGGAUCGGAGGCGUGGUCGGGGGUUUCAUGAGUUCAGACUGUCGAGGCAGGGGCAAAGGGAAGCACGGGUCUCUCCUGGAGGAGCAGAACGGCUUCGCCUUUUGCCAGUCCUCCGAAUGCUUCCGAUGCACCAGCGCUGGCGAGAGCCUGAACCAGAGGCUCUACCAUAGCCUGCAGGAAUACGCCAAGCGUUACACCUGGUCGGGUAUGGGCCGGGUGCACAAGGGGGUCCGCGACCAAGGCCGGUACCUCAACAGCCGGCCAACUAUCCAGCGGCCAGAGGUCUUCUUCCUUCCCGACCUACCCUCGGCCCCCUUCUUCUCCAGAGAAGUGCAGAGACAUGAUGUGGAGCUGCUUGAGCAGAGUUUCCCUGCCCUCCUGGCCGAGUUCGAAAGCAUCUACCACCAACCCCCGGCCCGCAGCGGCUCCUCCCUCCCGCCAGGCUGGAAGGCGAACAGCACCCCUCGCGGUCAAUGGUGGACGUACUACCUGGUAAACCAAGGCACCCCUUUGGUCCUCAAUGUCAGGAGAUGUCCGCGGGCGUGGCGGGUGCUGGGUCAGCUGCGCACCUUCAUCGCCAACAACGUCUUUGGGAACGCCUGCUUCUCCGUGCUGACCCCCGGAGCGCUCAUUACGGAGCACUACGGUCCGACCAACGUCCGGCUGCGCUGCCACCUGGGUCUCAGAGUGCCUCAGUCUUGUGAGCUUGUUGUUGGGGGAGAGCCACAGUGCUGGUCUGAGGGCAGCUGUCUGCUUUUUGACGACUCCUUCCUCCACAGGGCUUUCCAUGACGGCAGCCCGGAGGACGGCCCCAGGGUGGUGUUCAUGGUUGACCUGUGGCAUCCCAACGUGGCCGCUGCCGAGAGACAAGCCUUGGAUUACAUUUUCACUCCGGGCCGUUUGGAGGACAGGGAAGGGAAAUAGUUGCGAGUGAGAAACCAUGUCUUUGAGUGAGAGACAGUUGGAGUUUAGAAUAAGCGUCUGUUUGAUUGGGGAGUGACUCUUUUUCUGCCUCCAGACCAGCUUUUCACAUUCACUGUGUAAAUAUUCUCCAGCUCUUGCAGUAAUGCUCACGACUCUUCUCAGCAGACAACCGGACGUUGGGCCUCUCUUAUCAACUGCUAUUUCACCCGUGAAGCCAUAAAACACAAUAAUACAUUAGCUUAGUCAUAUAGUAUCGCUUAUAUUGUGAACACUUAAUCCAAAUGUUAUCCAUUUUAAACAUUUUAAAGUCAAGAGGUCAUAUAAAACCUUUCCGAUAUGCCGAUGAUUCGUUGCUAUUCAUGUUAAAGCCUCAUGUUUCCUCUUAGAUAUGCCUUGUCCUUGUUUACCCAGAUUGGUUACUUUUCAGAGUGUAAAUAAGAUUUGCACACAAAUGUUCCAGUUAAAUGAUGAAGCACUUAAAGUGGAUGGGUCUGCUUUGCCCUUUAAAACACUCAAAGAGCAGUUUAAGCCCAAUAACAAGAAAGUAGACACAUCUUGAAGAGAACUUUUUGAAAAUCUAAAAGUGUUACAAAGAGCCUGUUACAAUCGUCACCCCUAAACACAACUUUUGGCAUCCAAAAUCUCUCAACUGGAUAUGUAAGGGUUUUUGGCACUCUAUGUUUUGGUGUAGCGAUUACUGCCAGUCUGUCCAAUCUGCUUUUUGGAGGAUUUCUAGAGAAAAACCCUUCGGGGUCUGGUGCCGAGCUGUGCAUCAUGUAAAUCAUUUUCUAUCAUUUUUCCUGUCUAACACAACGUGGACAGGCCAUGCUGAAGUGUGCCAAGGCAGGACAGAUCACUGAACUUCAGCGAGUAGUAUUUUCUUCAGGACUUGAUAGGCUUGGAACCAGAGCAAAUCUGACAGGGCCAAUUAGUUUUGGCCUUUAGAAUAAGACUGCUAACGUUCUACAUCAACCCUGAGAGGUUCCACCAAGUAGGUACUUUGGUUCCGCGAUAGCAGGUUGGUUUUUGAAAGCUCACAUGGUUGCAGGAUUUCUCCGGGUUGAUUUUUGAAUAGACAGAGGCAAGUUGGAGAGACGGCCGUCUUUAUGGAUUUAUGACCUUAAUUGUUAAGGAGACAUUUCCAGUAGCCGUUGUAAAAUUAAAGGUUAUAUAUCUGACAUGACAUGUCAUUUAUAUGCUAUACCAUGGGACCAUACUGGACAAAUAAUUCUGUUAAAUUACAAAUUACUGAACUUUUUUUUUGUUCAUAAAUCAAUGCUGUCACUUACCAAUCACCAUGUUAGAUACUCCUAACUUUGGUCUAAGUCUGAGGGGGGAAAGGAUUUCUAAGAAAUGACCAACGUGUUAUGGAGGUGUACGUUAUACCCUUUUUGUUUUGGCUAUCAGUCAAAGCAGUUGUAUGAUUUGAUAUAGAGGGAUAAAUAUAGAACAGAGUGUGUACAACAUUUUAAACUAACUUAAAAAGAAUGUGUAACUUCAUUCAUGCCAUCUCUUAGAGCAUAAUGGGUCCAUAGGCCAACCGAUUCUGUUAACUAUUAAUGAAGCCUUGUUUUGACAACAUGAGAAAACCUGCCUACAUUUCCACAAGGGCUAAAAUAUAUGUAUUAUUUGGUAUUUUUAUACAUAUCGCCACAUUUGCAUUCAGAUUGUCAGGACGAGGACCUUAGAAUGUUUACAUUUCUCUGAAUGACUUCAUCCUCCUGCUACCAGAAUGUGAACACGUUGUCAUUGAUUGUGUUACACGUCACAACUGACAUUAAAUCACAGUUACACAUUUUUUUAGCUGAAACAUCGUUUCUAAAAAAGCACAUUAAGCCACAGUUAAGCAACACAUAAGCAGCAGGGGAUUACUUUUCCAUUUUUUGUUUGCUUGUUUUUUUUUUAAUUGAAGGGCUGGGUACAAUCAUGGCAGGGAAUCUUUGGCUAUUUCACAUGCACACCCAGACGCUGAAGUUUCUUCUUUUUAGAAUAGAAAUAGGAUUUGAUAACCGAGGUCCAAUGUCCACGAUGAUGUGAAUGUUUACAGUUACAGAUGCUGUCACUGUCCCCGUGCCUGGCGGUGUGGUGGUUAGUUGUGCUCCCCUUUGAAAAGCAGUCCUGUUUUUUUGCCGGACGUGGUUGGACAAGCACAUUUCAAGUUUUGACGUUUUGUGAAUAGGCCUGCGCAGCGACAGUGGAAGUGAGGGAUUUUUGGUAAAAUUUACUAAACUCUUCUAAUUUGGUUGCAUUUGAUAUACCAGGUUUGUAUUUCUGUACAUAUGUAUGAAGUGGAAGGAAAGCAACACCCUGAAUGCCCGGAAAUGUCCUGAAAUGACUGUCCCCAAUGCUUUAACUAUUGUGUUGUCUUGAUUUAUAGCUAAAGUGAUUGCAUCAUCCUCCGACUGAAGAAGCCAACCAUGAAAAUUUGUUUUCGAUAGAUUUGAUCAGUAUGUUCUGUGAAAUGUUUAUGAAGUACUCUCUCUUUGUUGUUCCGUGAUGUUUUCUUUAGAUCACUGUAAUUCUGCAGCUCAGUAUGGUACCUGUUAUAAAAGUCACAAUCCUUGCUCAACGAGCCUCCGUGGAUAAAUGUGCGCACCGCGCAGUCUAAAAGCUAGUGAAAAUGAAUCGCCUCGGCUUUUCCCGUCCACUGCAAUUCAAGAAACCCGUGUUCCGUUCUAAUGUUUACAAAGCUGUGAUCAUUUACACGCCAUCUACAACAUCAGACAACACCGACUAUUGCGUUGAGCUGUGCAUAAUUGGGUUGAAAAUCAACAGUGCUGCUUGUCCAGUGGAGAAAACAAACUCCCAAAGCAUUGGCAUGGUGCACACUGUAUGAUGGAGCACCCAUUUUGUUUACAUUUGGAUCAAGGAUUUUGUCCUUUAACACUUGUGUGUAUUUUGAACAGUAUUUCUGUACAUUUAAUAAACGGUGGAGUAUCUUAUAUAACCA